AUGGAUUCAGCCGGUGAUGCAGCCACCAGAGGACGUCUUUUUGAAGAAAUCGCUUGUUUGGAAGUUGAUGCUGAAGAAUUAUUGGAUGAAUUCGUUUUGAAUCAAGCUAAGCGUCGCAAAGAAGAUGAAUGCCAAGCAAUGAAUGCGCCGAAAGUUAUCUCAAUCAGAGAGGCGCAGGAAGUAUUUGAUCAAUUGAAGGUGUUUGCUUUGGCUAGUGCUCGGAGUUCGGGUCGAUUAUUGGUGUACAAUUGA